AGGAGCUGCCAUUCUCCUGCUAUCACAAGAGAUAAAAACCCACAGAGGAAUCAGCAGACAAAGCAGAUUGUCCUGAGCUGCCUGAAAAGAAACGCGAUAGAGGAGCCUUAGAGCAUCUUUACCUGCCUGCACCAUUCCUUCCUUCCAUCACACAAUGGUGACCUCUUUGAAGCUGUGGCCAAUGAUGAUAGCUGUUUCAGUCUGCAUCUUAAUAUGUCUAGGGACAAUAGUGGAGGGCUAUCCACCUAAACCAGAGAAUCCCGGAGAAGGUGCUUCCCCAGAGGAAAUGAGUAAAUAUCUGACUGCUCUGCGACAUUACAUUAACCUGGUGACACGGCAAAGGUAUGGGAAGAGGGAGAGUUCUGCUGAUGAACUGCUUUCAGAAAUUCUGUAUGGAGACAGCGGAAACCACAAUAUUAGAUCACGGUUUGAUGACUCCUACAACUAGUGACCCUGGGACAAUAACUCUUCCCCCUUCCCUGGGUGGCCGCUCUCCUGCCUUCCCUAAUUUUUAACGUAUCAAUUACUUUUAUGCCAUUUUGCAUUCUGACUAUUUCCUGUAUCUCAUCUCCCCGUAUAGUGGGGAGUCUGCAGACUAUGUGGUGCCACCUUCAUGAGCUAUAGAGAACACGCGUGUGCGUGUUCUGUGGGUAUGCCAUCCUACCAGAGCUGCCUCCCCCAUGACAUGCAGUCUGUGAUGUUUGACAAGAAUUCCACUGUGUCCAGAAAUAAAA